AUGUGCAAAAGAAAAUUGGUUUUGCCGCAAAAAAUAUCUUUGGGCCUUAGUGAGCUUUUAGGGAGACCAAUUCCUGUUGGAUCAGACAAUCUAACUUGGACAUUAAUUAAACCCAUGCAGCCAGAGAGUCAUGAUCUUGAUGCUUCAGAUAAUGAAACCAUGGUUGAGAAUUAUUGCAAACUUAGCAAUUCGCUUGAAGUGAUGCAUGAGUGUUUUGACACUGUCAAAGACUCUCACACUGGCAGAGAUCUUGUUGCCGAUAUAUUCAGUAGAAGCUCAGAACUUAACCGCUUGAACUUCCGAGGCUUCUACACAAUACUUCUGGAAAGACACGAUGAACUCAUUACUGUUGCCAAUAUUAGGGUUCAUGGAGAAAAGGUGGCCGAAAUGCCUUUGAUUGGUACCAGGUUUCAAUACCGGCGACUUGGAAUGUGCAGAAUUUUGAUAAACAAACUUGAGAAGAUGCUCAUGGAAUUAGGAGUAGAGAAGCUGAUAUUACCUUCCGUCCCCGAUGUGCUACGCGCAUGGACCGGUUCAUUCGGAUUUUCAGAUAUGACACCAUCCGAGAGAUUAGAGUUUUUAGAUUAUACGUUUUUAGAUUUCCAGGGUGCUACCAUGUGCCAGAAGCUUUUGCUCAAGAACCCUUCACCGGAAUCAAGCAUAACAUUUGGAUCCCAGGUUGAACUUCAUAGCAAUAAUGCCAAUGAUGAUCGGUCUGAUUCAGCCUAUGAACUAAGACACAUCAAGGAAAACGAAAUCAUGGAUCAAGCACUUCUGCAGUACGUCUAGCCAGUUUUGCACUCUAUUUAGAAGAGAAACUGAAAUUGGAAAACUUCACUUUUCCUGGGACGCAAAACUCGAGAUAACUACUUGCUUAGCAUC